UCGCAAGAUAUCCUUUGUCAGUCGAUUGUGAGCUCGCAGCGGAGGAACAACAAUUCAUUGAAUUGUCACUUACAUCCUACAGCGGCUUUUAAGAAUGUCCUCUUACCAGCGGCAGCCUAACGGCAUCCUGACGGUGAUGGUUAUCCUUUUGGCCAUAGCCACACAUUCCAUGGCGAAGUCCGGUAGCAGCAGCCGAAGUAGCAGUAGCUCAAAAUCCAGUUCCAGUUCAGGAUCCAGUUCGUCUUCCAGCAGCUUUUCAUUGCCAUCAUAUUCAAGUUCCUCGCACUACAAUUCGCCCCCGUCGUACAGUUUCAGCUUCGGGGGCGGAAGCAGUGCGCCCAAAGGACCUCCGCCGGCUUACUCCGUUUCAAAUCCUGUGGGCGGAGCUCACACCAACAUCCACGAGAGUCCGCCGGCCUACAGUGCCGCUUACAAGCCAGUGGGUCCGCCGGCCUACAGUUCGGUAGACAAACCAGAUAGGAUACAGUCCCGUCCAGCGGAAAAGGCCAGGCCCAGUUAUUCCACCUACUACAACGGAGGAUCCCGCUCCAGCACUGGUUACCACGACCCCUAUAACUACACGUACAAAUACUCCACCAAUGCAGCCACCAAAGCACAGUAUUUCUCCCACGGACCCUUCGCCCACAUAUCCACCCUUCUAUAUUUGUGCUGGCAAUUAUUGUAAACGUACAAAUUGUUAAGAACAAUUUAAAACCCAAAACAAUAAAAUGCUGUCUCUUGUCGUAAGCCCUCAAGCCGUGUUGUUAUUAACCAAAUAACUAUUUCUUAAACUGGUUAAUCUAUUUAAGUUCUAAUUGAAUUCCGAAUA